CAAGAGCUGUGAGACAAGUUGCCACUUUCACUUUCUUACUCUUAGUCACUUAAGACGAAACAUUCCUCGCACAAAUCUUACAUUUUGCAGAGACAAAAUGAAUAGCCACUCCUGUCCCAUCACUAACCAGAUCGAGUCCAUAAAUGACAGCAUCACAAGUCUGACCCUGAGGAUUCGAUCCCUCGAGGACAUGCUAGAUCACCCGAACCUCCCGGAGAACAAGCGGAUAGAAGUGGAGACCGAGCUGGUGGAGAUCAAGAAACUCAUCGACACUAACAAGGAAGUGCUCGCGAGCCUCCACAAGGAGAAUCGGAAAUCGUUCCUCGUCGCCGCCUGCCUCAUGUUCGUUUGUUUCUUCGUCUAUGGCGUCUACUGUAUGCUGAGCAACGACUUGUGAAUCUCCCCGCAAGGACCUCGUCAACCUGUUACCAUUCUCUCCAUUUGUACAAAUAUACAACACUUUACACUUAGGCAA